AUGAAAUGGGCUCGUCCCUGCUCCCUUGCAGUUCUUGUAUCGGAGCAAAAAGGCCUAGACCUCUUAGCGCUAAUAUCGCUUGCUCUUCUAGUGACGAAUCUGACGAGUAGAGGAUUGAGUUCUACUGUUGCGCUGCCCAGCGAGGACUCGUGGUCCCCUACCACCGCCACCGUUCGCAACGAUGAGCGAGGACGCCGCAGUACCGCCGCCAGCAGCAGCUGCGGCAAUCGCGGAUGCGGAUAUGACUCCCCCACAACAAACCGAAGACGAGCCGACCAAACCAAAGCAGUCGAUCGACGAACAGAUAGCCGCGCAGGUGCCCUUAUCCUUUGCGAAAGUAUUCUUUGUACAACUCGAAAACGGACGUCUAUACCCUAUCUGACAUGACAAACUCGUCCGCUUUUGAUCUACUUACUUGGUAAAAAUUGUGAUGCGAAGAUUUCUAAUAGUAGUAUGAACAAGAUCAUACAACUUUUGCAAUGCAUAGCGCCUGCGGCCGGUGACCGAGAUCGCGGCACUGCUCAACAUUCCGCACGAGUUAUGGAAGCGUCAGGAUUGAAAUCGUCAAAGUUGAAAUCUUUUCUCAUGCAUAAACUCCAAGGCAUCAAGUGCCUCUCUUGCAGGGACGGCAAGCGAGGCCCACUGUCAGCCUGUUUGGGGUCUGCGGUAGAGCUGCUACAGAAGCAUCACACAAGGCGCCUUCUGUCCCGCAACAGCAUGACAAACUGGAUUUAGACGGUCCCGAAAUUUGUCAUGCACCGCUUGAAAAAUGGGGCGGGGGUCCAACUGGUACCGAUUUUAUGCUUCACAAGUUUUUCAACUUUGUCGAUUUCAAACCUGGCACUCCCAUACGAGUUUGUCGAUCCGUAUGGAAAGUUCAAGGCGAAAAUCGAUGCGCAGAGGUACUACGCGAGUAUUUGGGAAAAGGGGUCUCUGUCCUCCGCUUCGUCUACUUCUUCCCGAUCAUCUAUCCACAGUAACUAAACUUCCCGCACACGUACAAAUGCCGUGUCUGCAUGACAAAACUUGGCCCCGAUCUUAGUUUAGCAUGACAAGCAUCACGACACGCCAAAGAAAUUGAAAUCUGUGAUGCAUUUUGUACAUGUGCGCGAAAUUUGUAUUGCAUAUCAUCUUCACGCCUCGUACUCGUUACUGGUAUGACCCCCACGAAAGCCGGAGAGGGAAAAACCACGACCACGGUGGGGCUGACCGACGCCUUGCGGCUCCUCGGGAAAAAAAGCAUCGCGUGUCUGCGGGAGCCGAGUCUAGGGCCGGUGUUUGGGAUGAAAGGAGGGGCUGCGGGGGGAGGUUGGUCGCAGGUAUGAAAUUACUUAUAUUUUCUUGUGGUUGUGCUUGUGUCAUCAUGAGGCACGACAAAGGAAAACUUCUGUAGUAGUACUUUCCAUGCAACACAAGUCUCGCUCCUGCUGUCCUUCACCUACUUCAACUUCCGCAUCAUAACAUUCAAAACCACUCCCAGACAACAUAAUUUCAAUGCACAACGGCCAGGUAGUCCCGAUGGAUGAAAUAAACCUCCACUUCACGGGCGAUUUCCACGCGAUCACGAGCGCGCUAUGAGGGUGCGCAACUUCUACUCCCACUCCCUUUCCUUUGCAGGGUACAGACGACGUCCUCGAAAACGAUGUAUUACUAGCGUCUGUGUGACAAAUCUUCCACGCAAGACGAGUAGUGCUAGAAGAUGAGGGCGUGUGUGAUUGAGCUGUGCUUUUGCCUGACAAAAGAGAGGGGGCAGGGGUACGACGAGUUCUUCACUGUUAUAUGCACACAACCUGCUGUCUGCCAUGGUGGACAACCACAUCUACUGGAAAAAGCAGCCCGAGAUCGACGUGCGCCGCAUUAUAUCCCCUGCAAAAGUAUCGUACUCGUACUAAUCGCAUCCAUGCAUUACAUUUUUCUUUCUCAAGUUAAAUCCGCAUUACUUUUUUCUUUCUCAUGCUGAGGAAAUUUGUCAUGCGAUUUAUUUUUAUAGGAUACUUCUAGUACGAUGCUUUUGCAUUUCAUACAUCACUUGGAAGCGCGUGCUCGACAUGAACGACCGGGCACUGCGAAAAUUGACGGUUGCACUCGGCGGUCCGGGGAACGGCUACCCGCGCGAGGACGGCUUCGACAUCACCGUGGCGUCCGAGGUCAUGGCGAUUCUUUGCCUCGCGACCGAUUUCCCCGAUUUGGAGCGACGGCUGGGCAACAUUGUCGUCGGCCACACGCGGAAACGAGACAUGGUAACCGCCCGGGACUUGAAGGCCCACGGUGCGAUGGCGGCCUUGCUAAAGGACGCGUUUAAGCCGAAUUUGGUCCAAACCCUCGGCGGCUCCCUAUGGCGUUCUCAAACGUUACAUUCUCAACUCGAACUCGAAUUUGUAUUGCAUGAAUUUGCAAGGACUUGUAUUGCGAGGACAGCAAGAGUGAAGGUGGCAAGCUUGCUGCUUUUGCAUCACAGAUUUGGCACAGAUUCAGAUGUUGGCGGGCCCUUCGGAGAUUUGUCAUGCGACGUAGCUUGAUCAUCUGGCGGUUUAUGGUAGUUUCGCAUGACAAAUCCAGGCAACAGGAGUUGAGAGUGGACCAGUUGAGAGCCCCAUACCCCCCUGCGUUGAUCCACGGGGGCCCCUUCGCGAACAUCGCGCACGGCUGCAACUCCGUGCAGGCGACCAAACUCGGGUUGGAGCUUGGUGACAUCGUCGUGACGGAAGCCGGAUUUGGUGCCGACCUCGGGGCGGAAAAGUUCAUUGACAUCAAGUGCCGAGCCGCGGGGUUGAUCCCCGACGUUGUGGCGAUGGUGGUCUCCUGCCGGGCACUGAAAAUGCACGGCGGGGUCGGUGAGAAGGAGCUGAAAACAGAAAACUUAGCGGCAAUCAAAACUGGUUUGGCCAACGUGGAGCGGCACUGCGAAAACCUGGCGAAGUUCGGGCUGCCGAUCGUCAUUUCGGUGAACAAGUUCCCAACGGUAUCCUGAGCAAAAACGUGGCCGUGGUCCCCGGUCCCCAUGUCAUUAGUCAUAUUAGUCUUGAUGCACGACAGGAUUUUAUUUGCAUUAGCUGCUCUUGCUCACGUGUUUCUUAUCGAUAAAGCUGAAGCUCUGCAUGAGAGCCUUGUUAGGCUCUUUUCUGCACUUGGGACGACGUGACUAGUUUUUGCACUGGAUAAACGGAUACGGACGCGGAGUUGAGCCUCGCGUGUGAAACCUGUGCGACUUUUCCGAACGUUCAAGCGGCCUUGGUGGGGGACCACUGGGCGCACGGCGGGGCGGGCAUUCAGGGCGUGGCGGAAGCGGUUCUCAAGUGCGUGGAGGAUAGUGGAACAGGCACAACAACUACGUUGAAAACCCUGUACCCAUCGGACCUGCCGCUGGCACAGAAAAUCGAGGCCAUCGCGCAGAAUAUUUAUCGGGCAAAGGGUGUCAUUUUCGCCGAUGAAGCCAGGACCGCGCUGAAGGGAAUGCAGGAGAAGGGGUGAGCGCAGCCAUAUUUAGAGUAGAUGGGUGUUCAUCUGUUCAUUUCAUCGAAUACACAAGCUGCAUGUUGGACAAUGAUGAAUCCUGAUGUUGAUUAGCUUGAUCACGAUCAGUAACAGUUGUAUCUGCUUUCGCUCCUGCGAACUACACUUCAUCGCACCGUUCUACCUUUUAUACGAGUUCACGCACAUCAUCAACCUCAGAUUUGGCCAUCUCCCCGUCUGUAUCGCGAAAACCCAGUACAGCUUCAGUGACGACGCGAAGAAGGUAAAUGCGGCAAUAGACCACGAGCUGCACGUCUCCGAGGUCAGGCUGAACGCCGGGGCAGAGUUUGUCGUGGCGAUCUGCGGCGCCAUUAUGACGAUGCCCGGCUUACCGGAAACACCCGCGGCGGAAAACAUUGGGCUAGUGGAUGGGCAAGUGCACGGGCUGUUCUAGCUGGCAUUUCCAAAGUGGUGCGAGGCUGCGAGUCAAAAAUGCAGACGAUUUAUGUGUAUGAAGGAGAAAGUGGAUUUAGAGUUUGUUGUCCAUUGAUGUGAGCUCCUCACUUUUUGCAUUUCUGGACGAAACGAAUACCCCACUGUGAGCAAGUCGACGCCUCCUGAUGUCGAUUGUCCGCGCGUCGUGUAAGAUAGUGAGACUCGUCACGUCGUCGAAGUAAAACAAAUGCACAUCAGUAGUUGUAGUUGAAGACACAUGAAAUUAAAAACGAAACAAACGCUCCCAGCUGGGCCUGUUUGACAUCAGCGCCGACGAUAACCACUAACGUUCGGCGUACAUCUCCUGGUAGUACUCUGACUCUCUUCGGCCGUGGCAUUUCGGAUUCAGGAGUACCAGAGAAAAAACACUCGUCACGCUGGUGGAGUGAAUCGAGCGAGCUACUAAAAAACUGCAAUGAAGAAGACUACGGGGAGAUGUUGUAGCCCUGUGCUUGUUUCUGGAGGAACCCCCGGAAGAUGAAAUAGGCCGCUUCUUAGCA